UUGUUGUGUACAUGCACCGGUUGCUAAGCACAGUUAUCACGUUGUGUACUAUUAUAGUGAAUACUUUUUGGUGUCAUUAGUUUCUGAGCGAAAAAACAAGAAGAUGAAAGUGGUCGCGUUAAUAAGUGGGGGCAAAGACAGCUGCUACAACAUGAUGCAGUGUGUGGCUGCUGGGCACCGGAUCGUCGCUCUGGCCAACCUGCGUCCUGCUAACACAGAUGAGCUGGACAGCUACAUGUACCAGACAGUGGGCCACCAGGCCAUAGACCUCUAUGGUGAAGCCAUGGAGCUGCCCCUGUACAGACGCACCAUCCAGGGCUCCAGUCUGGACACCAGCAGGAACUACAGUGUGACGGAGGGAGACGAGGUGGAGGACCUGUAUGAGCUGCUGCACCUGGUCAAGGAAAAGGAGGGUGUCGAGGCAGUGUCUGUAGGGGCCAUUCUCUCCGAUUACCAGAGGGUCCGUGUGGAAAAUGUAUGUCUGCGGCUAGCCCUGCAGCCCCUGGCCUACCUGUGGCGCCGAGAACAGGAGUCCCUGCUCUCUGAGAUGAUAUCAUCUGACCUCCAUGCUAUCCUCAUCAAAGUGGCCGCCUUCGGCCUGGAUCCAGAGAAGCACUUAGGAAAACCUCUGGCUGACAUGGAGCCCUAUCUGAAACAGCUCUCCCAGAAGUAUGGAGUUCAUAUUUGUGGAGAAGGAGGCGAAUAUGAAACCUUCACCCUUGAUUGCCCCCUCUUCAAAAAGAAAAUAGUUAUCGAUGCAGCGGAGACGGUGAUCCACUCAGCAGAUGCCUUUGCUCCAGUUGGCUACCUGCACUUCUCCAAGUUACACACCGAGAACAAAGACGCCGAUGUGGUGGCGAGAGCUUUGCCCCAUGGUAGUUGUCCUUGCCAGAGCGCCAUUGACAAGAUGACUGAGGAGGUGGAAUAUGCUGAUCAAGCUCAAGACAACCAGCAAGAAUUUACAUCAAAUUGUGACCUUAGUUGUCAGCGGGGCCACGAUCUCCCUCCAUCCUGCUCACCAAGAAGCUCCAGAGGCUAUCAGUGGAUCUCUGGCAUCAACGGCCUCCAGAGCAAAGAUCCCGGGAUCCAGAGCCAGACAUCCGCAGCUUUCACACAGCUGCAAAGUGAGUUGGACAGCAGAGGCUGGAAGAUGAAGGACAUCGUCCUGGUUCACCUGUAUGUGAGGUCCAUGGAAGACUUUGUUUCACUCAACACAGUCUAUAAGAAGCACUUUGGCCUAAACCCUCCUGCCAGGGUGUGUGUCCAGGCUCCUCUACCUGCCGCUCAGCUGCUGCUGAUGGACUGCCUGCUCCACGACUGGACCGAGCCCCUGGAGGAGGGCUGCUUCCACCAGAGGGAGGCCCUGCACGUCCAGAGCCUGUCCCACUGGGCCCCAGCCAACAUCGGGCCCUACAGUCAGGCCCUCAGGGUGGACGAAGCCGUUUUCUGUGCUGGACAAAUCGCUCUGGUCCCCUGCACCAUGCAGCUGGUGAAGGCUGGCAGCAGCACACAGGCCCAUCUGUCCUUCAGCUACGUGAAGAAGGUUCUGGAGGCUGUGAUCAGCAGCCUGACUCUAGCUCAUGUUGUCCAGGCCCACUGCUACACCAGCAGACACCAGGACAUCCCCACCAUCAGGGCUGUCUGGGAGAGCACGCUGAGGGCCGCAGGCCAACACGAGGAUUCGUUGUGGGAGCCUGAGACCAAACCUGCACCAUUACUGGUGGUAGUGGUACCGGCCCUACCGAAGGGUGCAGCUGUUGAGCUUCAUGUGACUGCAGUUCAAGACGACCCCACCCAAAGGACUUCCUGUCACGUGACUACAAAGGUGGCGUGCGGGUCCAUAGAGUGCCACACUGUAAUGUCUGCUGAUAUGAGCAGUGCUUCGCUUUCACUUUCCCUGGCUGCGCCCGGCGAUGACCUGGAGGUGGUCGGUGUUAAGGACGUAACAGAAGCAGUUGGUGAAACGUUCAAGAAAACCAUGAAGAAGAUGGAUGCUGAGCUGGUGCCGCUGUGUGCCAGAGUCUUCUACAAGUGCAACCACGCCCUGGCUCAGCAGGUUGUUACAGGACUUGAAGAAAGUUUAAGAAACUCUCUGGGAGAGUCCAGUCCGUCCGUUGCCCUAGUUCCAGUCCUGGACUUUGCUGACUCCCAGAUCCUCCACCUGUCCUGCUGGCUCAGUUUAUAGAAACACAGCCAGAGUCAACAACCAGACUCCAGUCAUCCACAGCACUGGAAUUCAGCAGGGCUUUCUGGAAGAGCAACACUGACAGCCCAACACCUAAUGACUUACAGCACGACGUCAGUGAAUGUGGAAAAUAAAAACUGUAUAACUGCUCAUUAACGUGACUGUUUAUCACUGCUGAUUGUUGAAAUGUAAAGCUUUCUCUGUCUCAUAGUGGUUUUUUGAUGAUGUGUGGUAUUUGAGGAUGUGUUUAUUCCACUUCAUAUCCCAGAACUUAAGCCAAUUGAAAAAGCACACUAUAAACUAUUCACCGGG